CCGAGAGUCGCGUUCAUGUCUGCCAUCGCUGUGUAUUCGCGCCCUUCAGGCCCUCCUGAAUGCACUUCAGGGACAACUGCCUGAAGGACUCAAAUACGAGCCCUCGGAUGUGAUAAACCCUUUGUUUGACUUAUUGCUGGAACUGUCGUCCACUGACACCCCAUACCCUGUGAGCACCGGUACAAUAGCGUCGACCUCGACCUCCGUGUCCAACAGUCAGACCUUCGUUGAGCUCAAAUCGUACGCCUGUUCGGCAUUACUUAGUUUAGUAACCGCCAGGGGGGACACCGACAAGACAUUGACGGCCAUCACAGCUCUCCUGACGAGCCCUGAGCUCAGUGUCGACGACGAUGUGAUCGAAACGCCGAAUAUCUUGAUAUCACUGCAGAGAGCGGUUCACUGCGUGCUGUUGGGAAAGACCCGACGCCCGGAUUGGGUCACUCAUGGCUUUUGUGGCAACUCUUUGUGCGACACUUUCAA